GUAUGCUUAGAGCUUAUCUUGAACUCCCAGGUCACAUGAUAUUGUUUUGGUGGGAGUCAGCUGACUAUGGUGUCUCACCUUACAGUGAGAUUUUGACACCUACCUCUGAGACAUACCAUUGACCAGGAUAUUUGCCUAUAAAAGAACAGCUACCUCAUUAUGAACAGUGGUGACAUUUUGUAGAACAGAAUGCCGGGGAAUAAGACAGUAUCAGAUGGACACAUAUUCCAGUUCAAAAACUGCAGAAUACUCCGUAAUCAUAGUAUAUUUGUGGAAGAUUUGUGGGUGCGAGAUGGAAAGAUCAUUGACCCUGAGAAACUGUUUUAUGUAGAAAAGGGUUAUGCAGACUUUCAAGUUGAUUGUAAAAAUGCCAUCAUUGCACCUGGAUUCAUUGAUGUCCAAAUUAAUGGCGGUUUUGGCAUUGACUUCUCUUCCAACUUUGAUGACAUAGAAGGAGGAGUACAGAAAGUAGCCAAAGGGAUUCUCCAACAUGGCUGCACAUCCUUUUGUCCAACCAUCAUCAGCAGUUCAAAGGAGGUCUAUAAAAAGGUAUUGCCAAAAAUCAAAAUAAAAGCUGGCGGCAGAGAUGGAGCAGAGAUAUUAGGCGUUCAUGUAGAAGGUCCCUUUAUAAGUAAAGAAAAACGUGGUGCACAUCUGCUGGAGAACAUGGCCACCUAUGACAAUGGUUUCAGUGAUGUGUUGGACAUGUACCAUGACAUCAGUUCAGUAAGAAUUGUUACCUUAGCUCCAGAGCUCCCAAGGAGCCUUGAUGUUAUCAGAGAAUUUGUUGAUAGAGGAGUGGUGGUUUCAUUAGGUCACUCCAUGGCCAGUUUGUCUCAAGGAGAGGAGGCUGUAAAACAUGGAGCUUCCUUCAUUACUCAUUUGUUCAAUGCUAUGUUGCCUUUUCAUCACAGAGAUCCCCACCUGGUAGGAUUAUUGGCCAGUUAUAAGCAUCCUCCUGACUUGAGGAUAAUUUAUUAUGGUAUCAUAUCUGAUGGGAUUCAUACUAACCCCUGUGCAGAAAGAAUAGCUCACAGGACACAUGCCAAAGGUCUAGUUCUUGUAACAGAUGCAAUUGCAGCCAUGGGUUUCCCCAGUGGCCAGCACCAAAUAGGUCCACAACUCAUAGAGAUCAGGAAUAAAAGGGCAAUGAUUGCUGGGACAGAAACACUAUGUGGGAGCAUAGCCACUAUGAACCAGUGUGUGAAGUACUUCUAUGAAGCUACAGAGUGCACUAUGGUGGAUGCAUUGGAGUCUGCCUCUCUACAUCCAGCCAGACUUCUGAAGAUCACGGACAGAAAGGGCUCGCUUGAUUAUGGCACUGAUGCCGACUUUGUGAUGCUUGACGACAGCCUGAACUUACUGGCUACAUACAUAGGAGGGGAGUUAGUCUGGGACAGCAAGCUGGGCUAUGAUAGAGUUGUAAAUCAUGGGACAAGAAGAAUAUGAACUUUGACUAUGGAGAUCACAGUUAUACUGUUAAAGGGAUAAUAACUCUUCGUAUGAAAUAUGUAUUUCACAAUAAAAACAUUGUGAGUGACUCAU